CAGUCAGCUGUUGGAGUCCGGGGGUGGAGGAUUGUCCUGGGAUUGGAGGUGGAAUAGACAACCAGAGAUGGGUGGGUACUGCGCUUCAUGUUGCAGAAUGAAGCCCAUAGCUCUCCAAUAAGCACGUACUCUAAAAAUAUCCUUCCUGCUGGAGCUCAUUUGAAGGGUCGGGACAGCUGAGGAAGUGGGCUGUCCUGAUAUUCAGCUGCCCACACUGACGGUGCAUCUAACUUUACUCUCCAGGCCAGAAAGGGACUACUGUAGCGUGAGGACCAUCCACGUCUGUUGGAUCUGCAGCCUCGAACUUCAAACUUCUUCAGUGAGGAACGAUGGCACUGCCUGUGAAUCCCAUGGAUGAACCCAGGUUGUACCAACAGACCCUGCUGCAGGACGGUUUGUUUGACCUGUUGGAGAACGACAAGCUGGUGGACUGCGUGCUGAAGAUCAAAGACAAGGAGUUCCCCUGCCACCGCCUGGUUCUCUGUGCCUGCAGCUCUUACUUUCGCUCCAUCUUCCUGUCCGACUUGGAGGAGAGUAAAAAGAGAGAAAUUGUCCUGGAGGACGUGGAGCCUGGUGUCAUGGGGCUGAUCCUGAAGUACCUGUACACCUCCAAAAUCAACGUGACGGAGCAGAAUGUCCAGGACAUCUUUGCCGUUGCCAACGUGUAUCAGAUUCCCUCGAUUUUCACAGUGUGUGUGUCGUUUUUACAAAAGCGCCUGAGCCUCAGCAACUGUCUGGCUAUCUUCAGGCUUGGUCUGAUGUUAGACUGCCCCAGGCUGGCUGUCUCAGCCCGAAACUACGCCUGCGAGCGCUUUCAGCUCAUCUCCAGAGACGAGGACUUUCUCCAGCUGUUCUCUAGCGAGCUGGCAGCUAUUUUAACAAACGACAAUCUGAACGUCGAGACAGAAGAGGUGGUGUUUGAGGCUUUGAUGAACUGGGUGUCCAGGGAUGCUGAAAACAGAGAGAAGGAGCUUCCAGGUCUGCUGGACUGCGUUCGUCUGCGUCUCGUCACUGAUGACUAUCUGAAGGAAAAAGUGGAGAAACACAAGCUGAUCUCGGGCAACUCAGAGCUGCGGCAGAAGAUCCAGAUGGUCAAAGAUGCUCGCGCUGGAAUCAUGCCAGACGUGAAGAAGGGGAAGACCAAGGAGGAGGCAAGUGGAGCGGAAAACGACGGAGAGAGUAAAGACGGAGAGGAAGGUCUUCUACCGGGGAUUUUGAACGACAACCUACGGUUUGGGAUGUUCAGCAGAGACCUGAUCCUGAUGGUGAAUGACGCAGGAGCCGUGGCCUAUGAUCCCUCCGGAAACGACUGCUACGUAGCGUCACUCUCCAAACAGAUUCCUAAGAACCACGCCAGCCUGGCUACAAAGGAAAACCAGAUCUUUGUGAUUGGAGGAUUGUUCUUUGACGAAGAGGACAAAGACAGUCCCGUGUCCUCCUACUUCCUGCAGUAUGACCCGCUGAGCACCGACUGGCUCGGGAUGCCCCCCCUACCAUCGUCCCGCUACCUGUUUGGAAUGACGGAGGCCAACGGCUCCAUCUAUGUGCUGGGAGGGCGAGAGCUGCAGGAGCAGGAGCGAACGCUGGACUCAGUGCUGGUCUACGACAGACAAUCCUUUAAAUGGGGUGAAUCUGAAUCCCUUCCUUACCCAGUUUAUGGUCACGCAACAGUGUCGCACAACGACGUUGUGUAUGUGAUUGGAGGAAAAGGAGAAGGCAAGAGCUGCAUGAAAAAGAUGCUCGCAUACGACACCAGGACGUUUGAAUGGAAGGAACUUGCGCCCAUGAAGAACGCUCGCUCCUUAUGUGGAGCCACAGUUCACAAAGACAGAAUCUACGUGGCGGCAGGAGUGACGGAUGACGGGCUGACAGACUCUGUGGAGGUCUACGACAUCGCUGCUAACAAGUGGUCUGACUUUGUGGCGUUUCCUCAUGAGCGAAGCUCCCUAAAUCUGGUGUCCUUGGCCGGUUCCCUCUACGCUAUCGGAGGCUUUGCCAUGGUGCCUUUGGAGGACAGCGACGACUUUGUUCCCAAAGAGAUGAACGACAUUUGGAGAUUUAAUGAGUCAGAGAAGAAGUGGAUCGGGAUCCUCAGGGAGAUCCAGUAUGCCUCUGGGGCCACGGUUUUGGGGGUCCGACUGAACACCCUACGCCUCACCAAGAUGUGAUGCCCCUUCAUCCACAUUAACAGAACAACAGCCCCUCAUUCUUCCACUCAGGAUGGAAUAUAAUCAACAUUCUGCAACAUCCAUCUCUUUAUUUUUUAUUUUAUUUAACGCUCUCAUCUAACACUGAAGCUAUUUUUUUAUAUGACGGAAAUUUAAUAUACUAACAUUUUACAUUAAAAGGACUGUGGAAAUUGCAAGUUAUUUCCAGCAGGGGGCAGCAAAAUUAUUUUAUCUGCUUUUUGUUUGUACCCUAAAAAAAUCAAAAACAUUACAAAUAAGAAAAAAAAGCACACUCAUGUCUGGAAUAGUUUAUCUAUACAGUUUAAUAGAUAUGUUAUGCCUAACUGGGUUACAGGCGGUAAACACCAGUCAAAUAGUACAAUUAGAGACAGAAAUACAGUCUGUUGUUAGCACCUACAGUCUUUGCUUUAAUGUUUUUUUUCCUACAGUUUCAUUUAACAACCACUGCCUGUACAUGGGUUUGUACAUCGGAGGACGUACUGUAGUGUUUACAUUGUAUCAGCAUAUAACAGUACACAUGGCAUCGAUAACAUAGAGAGAAUGAACAGCUAUGGGACUCUGAGGGAAUUUGAAUCACUUCCUGGCAAGAUUUUCAGAUUAAGAGGGCUGAAUUUGGCAAAAAUACAACUAUGUGUCAGUUACUCAGUGUAUUUCACAUUUGUGGCUUUUAUGCUAUACAUAUUUUUUUUCUAAACAUUCAUACCUUUAAAAAAAACAAAAACAAAUAGAUGACACAAUUUAUAAAGAUGACAGAGGCAGGUUUUGUAAGGUUUUAAAGCAGCUCAAAAUAUGGUUUAAGGAAAACGCAAACAAUGGGGACCACAGUGUUUUAAAAUAAAUCAAAUUACAAAAAUAUAUAUUAAAAAAAAAAAAAA